CCGUCUCACCCCAGUACACUAGCGGACGUAAGAGCCUACCAAGUGCCACUCACUAACUCUCAGAGGAGGAUAGUGAUGGCUGGGCUACUGCAUGUUGAGAUUGUCCGUCAAUCACCAUGGUGGACUAUCAGACUGAUCACUCCAACGGCUUUCUCGAUCCCUGUCACUGGAGUGGCUCCCUUCUCUUACCAAGCUAAGUCAGAUCUGCCAAGUGACGGAUUACUACUAUCACCAUGAUGCUCUGGCUCUGGUUCAAGACCCGGCCUUGUCCGGCUUUUCUUGAGUAGUAGUAGUAGUUAGCUCACUCUCCUUGGUCGCUGGCCUGGUUUUUGGCCCUUGCAGCCCACCCUCCUCCCAAUGACCUUGACAACCGAGCCGGUGCCGAAAAUAAAUUCACGAUAGAUUGAAGCUAGGCCGGGACGACCUUCCUUCAUUCCUUCUUGUGGUCUUUUACACCAUGGC